GAUGCACACAACCAGUCGCGAGCAUGUCGGUGUUAGUAGGGCCCACUGAGUGGGCCUCUUACGCUCGCCUCAGUCACGCCGGGCUCAGUGACUUCGCGUCCGCCGGUUCGAUCGGUUCUUCUUCGCUACUCGCGCGCGCUAUCGCUUCCUCCGCUGUGCGACCUAAGAAACUUCCCCGAAUAUUCAGGAUUCGUUCGACGUGCUGCUCCGAGAAUCGAAGACUCUCGAGCGAAAGAGGCUAGUGUACCACCGAGAAUCGCUGCUCUCGAACUGAUCGAUCGUCUCGUCCGCGUGUUCGAGGGGGACCUUGAAGUGCCUAUAUUUCAUCCCCGAACGUCAGCUCCCGCGAGCUACCAGGAUGCAGUUCGAGCCUACUUAUCGAGGGGUCUGAGGGCAACGCUUACAUCCGAAGCGAUAAAAGCGGGGAUAUUCCCCGUGGCCACGUGAGAAGCCGCAUUAAAUCAUACACGCCACGGGGCCCGGACCCGCGGGGAAUAUAACGUCCUUUAUGCGAAAGGGAAGGAAACCGGCGGCGAUCGGUGCACCGCGCCGUUGAAUCGGUUCAUUGACGUUUCUUCUCCCCCCGUAAAACCGAUCAUCCGUGAAAACCCCAGUAAAAUCUGGUUACGCGGCGAAGCGAGGCGAGGCGAGGCAAGGCGAUCCUUUCGAUUUCCACGAAACCGUGAAAACCGCCUGCGAUACAGAGCCGAUUGUCAGCUGUUCGAAAGACAGAGAGGAAGAAAAAAGAGAGGGGGACAGAGAAAGAAAGAGAGUGAGAGACGGGGAGAAAAAGGAUGAUGCAAUUCGAUCGGUCCGGCGGGAUCGCGCGUGACGAGAUGAUUCGGCGGUGCGAGCCGCGCCAUCAAGGCGAACGCGCCGCGACAAUCGAGAAAAGGAUCGACAUCGAGCUGUCGGCAACCGGAAGGAUCCGCAACGCGAUGGACUGAGCAGACCCUCUCGGCCCAGAAUCGAGACGCGACCGUCCUAUCAGCACUGCCCGCUGUUGCCUGCGGUAACAGUUAGUGUACAGUGAAUGAAUCCUCCGUCGCUGGACCGCAGUAUCUGGAUCCUCUUCACGCUCGAUCGAGGCCGACUCCGAAAUCUUGUCAGCGAAUUACUGCGACCCGCCGAACGGCAAGUGGAAAGUGACGGCCGAGUGACAUAAUAGAGGAAAGUGCCGGUUGAUCGACGACGGGUUUCUGUGUCGGGGGAAAAGAUGUCGGAAGUAGACGCGAGACACGUCCUCGUGCCCAUGGAAUUAAACUACUUGUUGCUGCGGGAAGUUUUUUAAAGAACAAUCGUUUUGUGAGUUUCUCUUCGUUGAUCGCUGGACCAGCGUCUUUGGCGAUGCAACUUCGCGGUGAACAGUGUCGAAGAAUUUUCUUCACGGUCGACGAGUUGAACGUGUGACAGGUUGCGCGGAGGACAAUGUCGUCAAACGGUGAAUUCUCGACGAUGUCCAGCGAAGAGGUGCCCUCACUGCCAAAGUCCCUGCCGAGCUCCAGGGAGGCGACGGCCGAGGGCAGUUCCGGUUCCAGCGGCGGAUACAUGCCACUACGCGAAUUCCUGGAUAGGUUUUCGUUGCCGAGGGUCGUCAGGCUUGAAGGAGCCGGCGGCAGGCCGGUGUUGCUGUACAAGCAGCAACAGAGAUCACUUCGGGUCACUGCGACGCUGUUGAUACAUCGUUAUCGGCACGAUGUCAAGGUGGGACCGGAAAUCGUCAUACCAGAAGGUUAUCCGGGGUGGUUUUCUGUGAUAUCUGGCGGUAGCACUACGGGCAGCGCACGAGUCUAUAGAAGAGUAGAUUCUCUAGUACGAGCUGGCGUGCCUGCAUUUCUUUUAGCGGCGCCAUUAAGGGCAUACAUUUUGACACACUCAAAAAUGGAAAACGGCAAUUUAAGGGCUCAUUAUACGAAGACCACGAUCAGAGCAGGCGAAAUUCUGCGAUUAAUAGCGGUCUUCCAGGAUACGAGGAAGUGCAGUACGGUUUCCUUCGGGAUUUCCGGCAGUUCUUCCGAAAAGGAUCAGUACGCGCAGUGUUUGGAUCCACAUGGUCGCGAAGUGUUUGCACCGUUGUCGGCGAGGGGCGAAUUCUACGCCAUUUGCCAGAACGGUGGAGUCGAUACCGGAAGCGAUGCUGUGCUAUACAAAGUGCAACAUCUUGCAAAAAGACAGCUACCUCUCAGGGUUCGUUUAAUAGCUGGUCCACUUCCGGUUCCCUUGCCAAGAGAAUAUGGUGGUUUAAUGGAAUUGGAAAGCUCUACUCGAGGGCCGAUUGUUUUAGGGUGUAUUGUACCAGAAAGGCCUGUCCACAACCCUGAAAUGCUCGAGCUCGUGGUAACCGGUAGUGGUGCACCACGAGUGAGGAGAGCACGACUAGGCUAUCCAUCAGAAGCAAGGCUGUUAGCAUCGCCAAAAAUGCAACGAUUAUUGUCUGCUUGCAGCCGAGCCGUCGGUGAUCGUGCAACGGAACCAAGAGUGGCACCUUUGAAACUGCACCCAACCGGCGAUAGCUUGAAGGAAAUGCAUUUGAAAAAGAUCAAGCCGAAACCGGAAACAACGAAGCCGAUCCUGCAGAGCCUGAAGGACGGGCUGGAGCAACUAAAGAAGAGCACUGUCCGGGAGAAAAGUCAAACAAGGCAGAACUGUCGGAACGGAUUCUUGGAGCGAAUAUCGAAGUUGACGCAGGGCAGUCGCAGCAGGAAUCCCGCGAAGAAAUCGGCCUCUUUCACGUUCGCGGUGAAGCCGGAAGUCGCGAUCAGAUGCCAGGAACGUUAUUCAAGUUUGGAGCCCGAAACUACCUCUCAUCCGAGUCACUCGAACUCAUCCAAGCAGCCUGUACAAAGAUCAGUUUCCACGAGCAUUUUGGAAAUGCCGGUGAACGUCGAAUUGCAGCCGAAUUACUCUCGAGUCCGAGAUAGUCUUACACCCGUGCCAUCCCUUCCCAAAUUGACCAGGACCAAAGCCGACGACAUUUACGCGGAAAUCUGCGAGAACGCGGCCGCGCAAGUUCAAAAGUGUCCCGGGAGCCACGUGAUGGCCAGAAUUAAAAUAGUGGUGAAAGGACGCGAUUCGGCCGUAGACCUACCGAAUAAGAUCAGUAACGAUAGAUACAUGAACUCGAUGAUGGCAAACGAGCGAAUCGACUCGAUUAUCAGCACGGAGGACGAAGUUAUUUACAAUACGGUGUUCUGAGCAAGAAGAGUUUGUUAUUACUAUUAAGUAAACCGGCUGUGUUUGAUGAUCGGAAAACCCGUUGAUCGUUUUAAUCGACGCGCAAUUCAAUCUGUAUUAUAUUAUAUAAUAAAUACCACGGAGCUACACGUAACAUUGUAGAAAUGGUAAUGAUUGCAUGCACAUACCUCUGCCAUACGUACUAACAAUUACAAUGAGACCGAUGUGACUUUUAAGGAACGCGCGGUUAGUUGUUUCUAAAAUCAAUGUGAAUAUUGUUCUUAAGACAGAAUUAUGAAAACUUUUGGGGGAAAAAAACUGAAGUGACCCUUUUUCAAAACUUAUUCCAGUUAAUGCGACGCGAAAUAUGAAUAAUUACACAGAAAACCGAAUGUAGACAAUAAAAUAGAUAC